AUGGUCCAGUCGCCCAUGCUGUCAUGUCCGCUCAAGCAGACCAACGAGAUCGACUGGGUCCAGCCCCUCAAGGACUACAUCAGGACCGCAUACGGCGACGAUCCCGAGCGCUACCACGAAGAAUGCACUACCCUGAAUCGGCUCCGGCAGGAUAUGAGAGGGGCGGGCAAGGACAGCGCGUCGGGGCGAGAUCUAUUAUACCGAUACUACGGCCAGCUAGAGCUUCUGGACCUCAGGUUUCCCGUCGAUGAGAACCAUAUCAAGAUUUCCUUUACAUGGUAUGAUGCCUUCACCCACAAAGCCACCUCCCAGUACUCCCUCGCCUAUGAAAAAGCCUCCAUCAUCUUCAACAUCUCCGCCGUCCUCUCCUGCCAUGCUGCGAAUCAGAACCGCGCCGAGGACAUUGGUCUCAAGACGGCCUAUCAUUCCUUCCAAGCCUCUGCGGGCAUGUUCACCUAUAUCAACGAAAACUUCCUGCACGCGCCGUCGACGGACCUGAGCCGCGAAACGAUCAAGACCCUCAUAAACAUCAUCCUAGCCCAGGCCCAGGAGGUGUUCCUGGAGAAGCAGGUCGCGGACGAAAAGAAACCCGGGUUUCUUGCAAAGCUGGCCAGCCAAUCGGCCUAUCUGUAUUCGCAGGCGGCCGAUGCGGUCCAGGAAUAUGUCAGCAAAGGCAUCUUUGAGAAGGUUUGGGGGAUUGUCGUGCAGGCCAAGGCAUCUCACCUUUCGUCCAUCGCCAGCUAUUAUCAGGCGAUCGCCGAUGCGGAGAGUGGAUCCCAUGGCGUUUCCAUUGCACGACUGCAGCUGGCUGAGAAGCUGUCGACUGCAGCCCUGAACUGGGCCAAAUCUUUUUCCAUCCUCAGUUCCGGCGACCGCGAACUUGCCUCCAGAUGCGGGAGCGAGCUUGACGGAGAUCAUCAAGCGUCAUCUCACCCGGACAACGAUUUCAUCUACCACCAGCCGGUUCCUAAUGAAGCGGGACUGUCUGCGGUCGCGAAGCUGCCCGCGGCGAAAGCCAUCCCCGUCAGUGAGCUGUAUCAGGGGCAGGACAUUCAACGGAUAAUCGGCCCGGAUAUCUUCCAGAAACUAGUGCCCAUGUCCGUCACCGAGUCAGCGAGUCUGUAUGACGAGGAGAAGGCGAAGCUGAUCCGCGCAGAGACGGAAAAGGUGGAGACGGCCAAUGGCGAGAUGGCGGCCAGUCUGGACUAUCUCAAGCUGCCGGGCAGUCUCAAUAUCCUUAAGGGAGGCAUGGACCAGGAAAUGACGGUGGAUGAAGAAUUCCGGCUGUGGUGCGAAGAGCUCUCCGGCCACGAGCUAUUCCACAAAAAGUUCGAUGAGUUGCAGGAGCACAAGGCAGCAAUACUCGAGAUCCUGGACCGAUGUACGAGGCAGCUUGAUAUGGAGGAGAGCGUGUGUGAGAAGAUGCGAUCGAAAUACGGCGCCGAUUGGUCUCAGCAGCCCAGUUCACGGCUCAACGCCACGCUCCGCAGCGACAUUCGAAGUUAUCGGGAUACAAUCAACGAAGCGAGCACGAGUGAUGCACAGCUGAUGGCCACGAUGAAACAAUACGAAGCUGAUUUUGAUGAAAUGCGCUCGGCCGGCGAGACAGACGAAGCCGACGUUCUGUUCCAGCGGGCCAUGAUCAAAGCGGGAGCGAAACAGAAAUCAAGUCGGAACGGACAAGCCAGUCCCUACUCUCCUCCUGCGGAAGGAAGUCUCCUGGAUGAUGUUGAGGACGAGGGGAAGAAAUCUGUCGCAGAGCAGAUCGCGAAGGUCGAGGAGCUUUUGAAGAAACUCAAUCUGGUGAAACGGGAGCGGGCGCAAGUCUUGAAGGACUUGAAAGAGAAGGUCCACGAAGAUGACAUCUCAAAUGUCCUCAUCCUCAACAAGAAAUCCUUGGGCAGCGGGCAGGAGAACCAGCUGUUUCAGGCCGAACUGGAGAAGUUCCGGCCGCACCAGAAUCGCAUCAUCCAAGCAAAUCACAAGCAGGCAUCGCUGAUGAAAGAACUGACCAAGACGUACGGGGAUCUGCUGCAGGACAAGCGGGUUCGAGCCGAGCAGUCCAAGUACGAGGCGAUCACGCGGCAGCGAAAUAUGGUGAUGGCGCGCUACAGAAAGGUCUACAACGCAUUUCGCGAGCUGGUCUCGGGGCUCGCCCAGGCGCAGAGCUUCUACACUGAAAUGCGAGAGACCGUGGAAAGUCUCCGGAAGAACGUCGAUACCUUUGUCAACAACCGACGAUCCGAAGGGGCGCAGCUUCUCAACCAGAUCGAGCGCGACAAGGCCAGCAGUGCCUCGGGACAAGAGGAUCGAGAGCGGGAAAAACUGAGACAGUUGAUGGAGCGCCUGUCAACGGAGCCGGCACCGUCGUCGUCGUCACCGUCGAAGCAAAAACCGCCGCCUCCUGCCAAGGGGAAUUCCCAUUCGAGCGGCACUAAGUCUCCUCCUGUCUCAUCGCCCCAUUAUCCGUCUGCUGCUCCGGCCUCGCAUGCUGGAGCACCUCCAUCACAGCCUCCUGCACCAUAUCCACAGUAUAUACCGUCCGCCGUGCCCGCGCCGUACUACCCGGGACAGCAACCAUUCCAGCAGGGAGCGGCAACUCCACUGUCUGAGGGGUACAAUCCAAUGGCAUAUCCGUACCAAACACCCGUCUCUCCGCCACCGAACCAGCAGUACUUUUCGACAGCAACGCCAUCCCCGUAUGGCGGCUAUCCGCCAAGUGCCACGGCCAUUCCUCCUCCGUCCCAUACGCCGCAGUUCAUCCCGCCUGGGUAUAUUCCACCGCCUCCGCCGCCACGUCCGCAGACGACAUAUCCGGCCACGACGGGGCCGUAUCCGUCGGGGCCGGGGGGGUAUGCGCAGAGCAGGCCGUACGGGACGAGCCAGCAUCACCACAAAACGUCACAAUCGCAGUCGCAACAACAGCAACAGCAACAGCAAUCAUCACCGAAUGAUCCAUGGGCGGGGCUGAAUGCAUGGAAGUGA